UCCACAGCGAGGAAGGAACAAGAGUUUUGUCUUAUGGCUGCUCCAGGAAAGGCAGCAGCUUUCCGUUUGCCUCCCCUGCCAACUGUUGGAGAGAUUAUUAAACUCUUUAAACUUAAAGCACAGAAACAACUUUCCCAGAACUUUCUACUGGAUUUGCGGCUGACAGACAAGAUAGUGAAACAAGCUGGCGUCCUCAGAAAUGCCUACGUUUGCGAAGUGGGCCCUGGUCCAGGAGGAAUUACCAGAUCCAUUCUCAGUGCUGGUGUUGAACAACUCCUUUUAAUUGAAAAAGAUUCUCGAUUUAUUCCAGGAUUGCAGAUGUUGUCUGAAGCAGCUCCAGGAAAAGUGCGCAUUGUUCAUGGUGAUAUCCUGACAUAUAAGAUGGAGAAUGCUUUUCCAAAGCUCUUAAAAAAGAACUGGGAGGAUGAGCCACCAGAUAUCCAUAUCAUUGGGAAUCUGCCCUUCAGUGUUUCAACUCCUCUAAUUGUCAAAUGGCUUGAAAAUGUUUCCAAAAAGGACGGACCUUUUAUUUAUGGCAGGACACAGAUGACAUUGACUUUUCAGAAGGAAGUUGCAGAGAGACUUACAGCUAAUGCAGGAGGUAAGCAACGUAGCAGACUGUCCAUUAUGGCUCAGCAUCUCUGCACUGUUGAAAACUGUUUCGUAAUCCCAGGCCAAGCAUUUGUUCCAAAGCCAGAGGUGGAUGUGGCUGUGGUGCAUUUCACUCCAUUGGUGCAACCAAAGAUACAGCAGCCAUUCAAGCUCGUAGAAAAAGUGGUUCAAAGUGUUUUUCAGUUCAGAAGAAAAUACUGCGUCCGUGGAAUUGCGACCUUGUUUCCUGAAAGUGGACGUUUGGAAAGAACUGAACAGCUGAUGAUGACAGCAAAUGUUGAUCCAACUCUGCGUCCCUAUCAGCUUUCCAUGUCACAGUUUAGAAAUCUCUGCAAUACUUACAGGAAAAUGUGUGAUGAAGACCCAAGCCUUUUUGUGUACAAUUACAGAGAAGAGCUAAGGCAAAGGAAGAAGAUGAGGAAUCCAUUUGAUGAAAGUACCAGUCAGCCAGAAAAGCCUGAAGAGGAAAAUCAGCUGUAAUAGCUGUAAUUGCAGCGGACUGUUUUAUUAGUUUUAACUCCUUGAGCUAGAGUUGUUGAUUCAGUACUGGAAGCUUCUAUAGUCCUACAUAUGGAAGAACUACUUUUGAGAAAGUGGUGAAGAGAGACAGGGGGCUUUCCCAUUUUACUUACUCAUUUCCAUUCAGCUGCUGAGGAAAGUGCAAAGACAGUCCAGUUACAAGGUGCCUGAAGAGAGACAGGGGGAUUUCCCAUUUUCCUUACUCAUUUCCAUUCAGCUGCUGAGGAAAGUGCAAAGACAGUCCAGUUACAAGGUGCCUACAGGAGUUUUUUUCACUUCAGGAAGAUGUCUAGAGCACAUACCAAGAACAAGGUAUGUUGUGAGACGUGCAAUUAAGGUGGGAUACUUCUGAAAUAAUUAAGUUCUGUAUGAAUGGAAAUGUAAGAAAUACUUUUCAUAGUUUGACAUGUAAGGUGGUGGUUGGGGUUUUGUGCUCUUCUUAUCCUGGCACAUCCUACUGUGCAGAGUAAUUGAAAAAAAAACAAAAGCCAAAACUCUUGUAUAAACAUAAUAAAGUGACUGGCUUAAGGGACAAUGAAGUGCACAGAUUGCCUCAAGGUCUGCUGAUACUCAUUUAUGCCAAAGCAAAGAAUUUGGGUUUUAAAGCUCCAACUGGAGAAAAGCAGCAUGAUAAAAAGCAGAAAACAUGGCUAAGUACAAUACUUAUUUGUCUUUUACUGU